GAGUCAGAUGUGCUGUGGCGACAGCAGCCCUCCUUGCGUUUGUCUAAGGGUGGUGUCCCAGUUUAUUACAAGAAAAAAGAAAGGGAGAUAACAAGAGGCAAAGGUGCAUGUUUGCUUAGCGGUGGUCUCUGAAUAGUUCAACUCUGAGUUGAGGGGAUAUCAACAUCAAGAUGGACGACAUAGACGCCAUGUUUAGUGACCUGCUGGGGGAGAUGGACAUGCUAACACAGAGCCUUGGGGUUGAAACGCUGCCUCCAGAACCUCCCCCCAGCAGCACCACCAAGGAAAUGAACUUCUCCAUCGGCUUCACAGAUUUGAAUGCGUCGCUGCAGGAGCUGGAGGACAAUGACUUGGACGCCCUCAUGGCCGACCUGGUGGCCGACCUCAACGCCACCGAGGAGAAGAUGGCGGCCGAGAGGUCCGGCACCGCAGACGCCCCCUCCUCGGGCUCCACGCUGGCCACCCCGACCUUGAACGACUUCAGCUUCCCCUCCCCCACAGCAGCUCCAGCCUUCAUGCCCACCCCUGCCCCAGCCCCAGCUCCUGCUCCUGCCCCUGUGGCACCGACAGCCUCCACCUCACCCCUUCCACCCCCACAAAUGUCCAAGCCGUCUAAGGAGGAGAUUGAAGCCCAGAUGAAAGCAGACAAAAUCAAACUAGCCCUGGAGAAGCUGAAAGAAGCCAAAGUGAAGAAACUGGUGGUGAAGGUGGAGAUGACCAAUGGGAGUGCCAAGACUCUGAUGGUGGACGAGAGGCAGACGGUCAGAGACGUGCUGGACAACCUGUUUGAGAAAACCCACUGCGACUGCAACACUGACUGGUGCCUGUAUGAGACCAACCCAGACCUGCAGACUGAAAGGGGCUUCGAGGACCACGAGAACAUUGUGGAGCCGCUGUCGGCCUGGACGCGUGACAGCGAGAACCGAGUGCUGUUUAAAGAACGGAAGGACAAGUACGCCGUCUUCAAGAACCCUCAGAACUUUUAUCUGUGGAAGAAGGACAAGGCCACGUUAAAGGACAUGAAAGAGAAGGAGAAAGAGAUGCUGUUGGAGGAGAACUUCUGCGGGACGUCCAUCAUCGUGCCGGACCUGGAGGGGCUGCUGCAUCUGAAGGAGGACGGCAAGCGCUCCUGGAAGCCUCGCUACUUCCUGCUGCGGGCGUCUGGAAUGUACUUUGUGCCUAAAGGGAAGACCAAGACAUCCCGUGACCUGGUGUGUCUGGUGCAGUUUGAUAACGUGAACGUGUACCUCGGGAAAGAUUACAAGAACAAAUACAAGGCCCCAACUGACUACUGCUUCCUUCUCAAGCACCCACAGAUCCAAAAGGAAUCCCAGUACAUUAAGUACCUGUGCUGUGAUGACGAGGCCACUAUGACACUCUGGGUGACAGGAAUCCGCAUUGCAAAGUAUGGGAUGUCACUUUAUGACAACUACAAAACUGCAGUCAAGAAAAUAUCUGUGGCGACAUCAUGGACAGACAAAAUCAACUCCAAUGUAUCUACCCCAUCUCCAACUCCCAAAGCUAAAGCAGCCAAUGGCCACGCUCCAACACCUGCUCCAGAGCCCGCCCCUCAGGCCGCUUUCCCGCCACCUCCACUACCAUCGAAAAGCAUGCUGCCCCCACCUCCGCCUGACCCAGUGCUGCCCCCUCCUCCGCCUGCCUCCAUGUCUGGCAAAGGGCCCCUACCACCACCACCGCCACCCUCCAGCAUGAGCAGAGGGUUCCCUCCACCCCCCAUGGAUGACUUGCCCCCCCCGCCUCCGAUGGAUGACGAUGACGGGGAGAUGCCCCCAGACUUCCUGCCGCCGCCCCCUCCAGCCACUGGGUUCCCUCCGCCUCCGCCGUGUGGUGGUGGGGCACUACCUCCGCCCCCCCCAGACCCCUGUUUGCCCCCGCCGCCUCCGCCAGUGUCCUUUCCCGCUGGCUCUUCUGAUGGGGGUCUACCACCCCCGCCGCCACCCCCCCCUCCCCCACCGGCCGCUGCGGCCCCCCGCCCCGCGGUCAGGAAAGCCGGCCCGCCCCCUCCUAAGAGGACUACGCCUGUCUCUUCCGCGCCCGCUGGUCCUGAUCUUAUGUCUGAACUGAUGUUGGCUAUGCAGAAGAAACGUGGUCAACAAUAACACCAGAUUAGAUUAUUCUCUGUUAUCUUUAUCUUCGAACAGGACUUCUUACUCACAGCACACUCACUUACUGUUGAUUUUCUGUCAAGUUUUGUUGAGGUUCUGUUGCGUUUUCUCGUCUACUAGGAUAGGCCUACAGGAAAAGAAUAAACCAGUGAGUGCCUCUAUUUUGAAAUAAGGUUCUAUGUAGAAUCUUUCAGUUCCAGGUGCCUGAUUCUACUAGUGAACUUGGGACUGGACAACUGCUAUGAUGUCUUUCAGCUACUGAGCAGAUAUUUUCCAGGUUUGGAGAUGACUCAACCAUAAUAGAGAAGCUACUUGUCCUCCGUCUGCUCCAGUGCUUAACUAAACCCAACAAACGUCUAAAGCUCCUGUAAAAUUGCAGUUUAACCGUGUGGUGUAAAUGUUUUUAUUCACAAUUGUAUCAAAUAUAAGACAUAGUAAGCAACUGUGGGAGUGGACAUAUGUAAUGUUUUCUCAACUAGCAGGCUUUACUGGGAUUGUAAUUGUACUGUACAAAUAGAAAACUACUGAUUGUAAAUUGCCCAUUUUAAAGGUUUAGGGAGAUGUAUAUUUAACAAAAGAUAAUCUUUUAUUUUGUUGUGACAUAUUCCAAAGGUGUUUAUUGUGUUUCAACAAAAAUGUCAUAUACAAGAGGAAAAGACUAACACAGGCAAAAGAAAAGAUAUACCUGGAGGAAGAUUAUUUAAAUUACAACAUGUUAUUAACAGACACAUCUAGAUUGAAGUGUUUGGAUCACAAAUCAACUCAACCAGGAAGAAAAUGAUGCCAUCUUCACCAUAAGUCCACCAUUGUGCCAUGAUGGCACCUGACUAGACUAGCCAGUUGUAUCCUAAAACAUGCCAGAGACCCAAAGCAUUGCUCCAGAUUAUGAGAUAUUGCUCGAGAUUAAGAGAUAUUCCGUGAGGAUUCAGACGAGCAGUCAUACCGCAACGUGUGGAAGUUCACUAAUAUAUAACUGGAAGAUUAUUUGAUGAAAGUACAUUUUCAUAAACACAUUUCUUAUUUCAAACUGAAAUCAUUAUUUCUAAAUGUGUGAAUGUCUUGACUAUAUUUUUUGUAAUAAUUUUGCACCUUAUUUGAUGGAUAAGAAUAUUUUUCCUGGGAAAUAGGUCAUUUAUUUUCUGGGUGAUUGAAAACCUUUAAAAAAUGACUUUUACAAACUUACGUAUUCUAUUCUGAUGCCAAAAUAAAGGGAAACUGUAUAUGACCCUGACGUUUUCCCCAAAUAAAAAGUAAACCCAA